AUGCGUUUCAACUCCGUCGCUCUCCUCACCCUUCUCGGGCUUGCAGUGGCCUCUCCUGUCCCAGCACCAGUAGCCGAGCCCCUGGAAAAAAGAGAUGCAGCACUGAAUGCUUUCCUUACCGUCCUCCUCCAGUUCCUCCCCGCGGUGGAUGGCACUAUCAGCGCGGUCUCCGGCAUCCUAACGAGCUUUGAGCAGCUUGUUGCCGGCCUCACAGGCGAAAAGACUACCUACAAUGAGCUCGGCGGCGCCUGCAAGCCAUACACGGUCAUCUUCGCCCGAGGAACCACUGAGCCAGGGAAUGUAGGCAUUCUGGUCGGGCCACCAUUCUUUAGCGCGCUAAAGAGCCGGGUGGGAAAAUCAUCAGUAACGAUUCAGGGAGUGAAUAACUACGGUGCGAGCGUCCAAGGGUAUUUGGCUGGUGGCGACCCAAACGGGGGCCCUGAGAUGGCGAGGCAGAUUGAAGCAGCCAGAAAGGCAUGCCCCAACACCAAGCUUAUUGCAGGCGGCUACUCCCAAGGUGGACAAAUCGUCCACAACGCAGCUAAGCUCCUCUCUGCCGACACAGCACAGUGGAUCAGCAAGGUUGUUAUCUUUGGAGAUCCAUUUAACGGCCAGGCAUUUGGCAACAUCGCCGCUUCAAAGACAAAGGUUUUCUGCAAUCAAUUUGAUAACAUUUGCGUCAACGGCGAUUUGAUUCUCCCUGCGCAUCUCCGGUAUUGCGAGAACGCCGAUGCCGCGUCAGCCUUUGUUGCUUCAUGA